UUUUUGACCACUUUUAAAUCCGUCAAUAAAUGUUACAUGACUGGGAUUCCAAUGAUGUGUAUUUAAAGCGUGACCACAAGGUACAGAUGAGAAAGCUUUAGGAAAAAAAAAAUCAAAUACAGAAGAGAAACAAAAAAAUGGAAGCAGCAAGAAUGGGUUUUCGAGCUAAAACUCUCCCUCACCUUGGCAACGGUACUCGACUUCCUCUUAAGACCAAACUCUCGCUCUUUCCUAUGCAUUUGCUUCAAAACCACACUACUCUUUCCCGGAGAUCAACAAAACUCAACUUAUGUGUCAAGGCUUGUAGUAAGACUAGUGGUGUUGAGAGUAGUCGUCCCUUGCCUCACAGUGCUCCCGAUCUUUGGGGAGAUCACAUCCUCUCUGUCCCCACCGAAAACUCGGAAUUUGAUACACUAGAGACAGAGAUUGAAUCAAUAAAGCCGAAAGUGAGAAACAUGCUAAUGUCGUCUCACAAGACUGACAAAGAGAGAAUAUGUCUCAUACACUUGCUUAUUUGCCUUGGUACUUUCCAUUACUUUGAGAAGGAAAUUGAAGAGAUUCUAGAACAGGCUUUUCGGAAGUUGGACAUGCUAUUUACAGACGAAGAUGAUUUGGAGACAACUGCCAUCAUGUUUGAGGUUUUCAGAUUAUAUGGACACAAGAUUUCUUGUGAUGUGUUCGAUAGAUUCAAAGGUGUUGAUGCCAAGUUCAAGGAACAUCUAGUCAGUGAUGUUCGGGGAAUGCUACAGCUGUACGAAGCAGCGCAUCUCGCAACACCCUUCGAAACUAUAUUGGACGAAGCCUUGAGUUUCACAAGGUAUCACUUGGAAUCUUUGGCCGGCCAACAAGCUACAGCUCCUCAUAUCUCAAGACAUAUACUUAACGCAUUGUAUAAACCUCGGUUUCUUAAGAUGGAAAUAAUAGCUGCCCGGGAAUAUAUUCAUUUCUAUCAAAAAGAAGGUCAUGAUGAGACAUUGCUCAAGUUUGCGAAGCUCAACUUCAACUUUUGCCAGCUACAUUACGUUAGAGAGCUAAAAACUCUCACCAAAUGGUGGAAAGACAUUGAUCUUCCAUAUAAGCUACCUUACAUCAGAGACAGGCUUCUAGAGACCUUUAUCGGUGUCAUGGCGGUGUAUCUCGAGCCACACUAUUCACUUGGGAGAAUUAUAGCCACUAAAGUUUCCCAAGUGAUAGUAGUUAUGGAUGACACCUGUGAUGCAUAUGGAACUUUCUCUGAAGUUAGAAGUCUUAUUGAUUCUUUGGAAAGGUGGGAUCCUGGUGCCAUUGACAAACUACCGAGCUGUUUAAGAAUCGUCAUCCAAAGUAUAGUUGAAACAAUGGAAGAUAUUGAAAGAGAAAUGAAGCCGCGAGGAAGAUCCUCGAGUGUGCAAGACACCGUAGAAGAGAUUAAGAUCAUGGGGAGAGCGUACGCUGAAAUAUCAAAAUGGGCACGAGCAGGUCACGUUCCAACCUUUGAUGACUAUAUUGAGCUUGGGCUUGACUCGUCAGGGAUUAGAUGCUUUGCAAUGUACAGCUUUAUAUCGAUGGAAGAUUGUGAGGAGAAUCAAACGAACGCGUGGUUCAAAUCCAAACCCAAAAUGUUACGAGCUUUAAGUGUUAUAUUUCGUCUUACAAACGACAUAGCCGGCUUCGAGGAGGAGAUGAGGAGAGGAGAAGUGGUUAAUGGGGUGAACUGUUACGUUAAGCAACAUAAUGUUACCAAGGAAUUGGCGGUUCGAGAAAUUAAGAAGAUGAUUAGAGAUAAUUACAAGAUAAUGAUGGAAGAGUUCUUGACGAUAAAAAGUGUGUCACGUCCGAUUCUGGUCCGGUGCUUCAACAUUGUACGAUUGGUCAAUCUGUAUUACGAGGAGGGUGAUAAUUUCACCAAUCCCAAUGGCAAGCUCAAAGAUCUCAUCACAUCUUUGUUCUUCCAUCCUCUUCCGCUUUGAAGACUUGGCUCCUUGCCGAAAAAUUCAUCUACAUUUCUCUUUCCAUUAUUAUUGAUGAUUGUUAAUUUGCUCUAUGCACAUAUUUUUCCAUUAAAUUUUAAUUCCUGGGGUUUCAAUUAGUUUUUACUAUUUUAAUUUAUUUUGCAUAGAAGUUUUUUUUAUAACUUUCACUACCCACAACGACAAGGAAAGUUGACCAAAAGAAUGAAAUAAUAUCAUAAUUCAUGU